CUUGCCCUCCGGCUGGGCCCAUACUGGCCGCGUGAACCCUGGCUACGAAGUGCAGCUGACCUUCGCCCUCCGGCAGCGCGGCAUGAGGCGCCUUGCCUGGCUCAUCAAUGCUGUCUCCGACCCCCACUCACCACAAUAUGGCCAGUACCUGUCCCUGGAGCAAGUGCGGGACCUUGUCCAGCCAUCCCCAGCCACACUCAUGGCAGUGCUGAAGUGGCUGCAAGGCCAUGGUGUUGAAAACUGCAGGACCGUUACCACCCUUGAUUUCCUGGAUUGCCGCAUGCCAGUGAGCACGGCUGAGCAUCUCCUGCCAGGGGCUGAGUUCCACCGCUACGUGAAGGGCCAGCACAGCGUUGUGCGCUCCCCGCUCCCCUACGCUGUCCCCGAGGAGCUGGCUGAGCACGUUGACUUUGUGGGUGGCCUGCACCGAUUCCCCGCAGAGAGAAAGGUGGUCAGCAGAGCCUGGGCCAAGAAGGAAACAGAGUCAAGGCAGCACUAUGGAGGGAGAGCGGCUUUCCACCUGGGUGUGACACCCUCCAUCAUUCGUAAGAGAUACAACAUGACAGGAGGAGACAUCGGGCUACUGCCAAACAACAGCCAGGCCUGUGCCCAGUUCUUGGAACAGUAUUUCCACCAGGCUGACCUGGCUGAGUUUAUGCAGCUCUUUGGCAGCAGCUUCGGCCACCGCUCUCAGGUUGACCAAGUGGUUGGGCACCAGGGCAAGGGCAAGGCUGGGUUGGAGGCCAGUCUGGAUGUGGAAUACAUCAUGAGCACAGGUGCCAACAUCUCCACAUGGGUCUUCAGCAAUGCAGGGAGACAUGAGAGCCAGGAGCCCUUCUUGGCCUGGCUGCUGCUGCUCAGCAACAUGUCGUCACUGCCUUGGGUGCACUCUGUGAGCUACGGGGAUGAUGAAGACAGCCUGUCACUAGCCUACAUGGAGCGUGUAAAUGUGGAGUUCAUGAAGGCAGCUGCCCGGGGCUUGACCAUCCUGUUUGCCUCAGGCGACGAUGGCGCUGGGUGCAGAAGGGUGCCUGGUGGGAACCACACUUUCCGGCCCAGCUUUCCAGCCUCCAG